CCGUCGGGCCCGGGAGCCGAGCAGGUCCUCGCCGAGCACGGCAGCGGGCGGCCGGGGCCUGGGGCCUCCAGGCGUCUGGCCUCGCGGGACGGCGCCCACGGGAGGUUUUUCGGGGCCUGGGCCCUGGCAGAGCGCUGCUGCGGGCCGGUGGCGGCCGACCCUAGGCCCAGCUUCAAGCCCCGCGCCCGAGGGUGUAGAGCUCACCGGCCCGAGCGCCCUCCACGCACGCGCGCCUCGGCCUCGGCCUUGGGUCGGGAAGGGGGCCCGCGCCCGGCCUGCGCGGCGGGGCCUGUGUUCCCCCACCCCGUCCCGGUCGGGACCGCCCCGCCUGCCCGGUGACCCCCGCCGUCAUUUCCUCCUCCCGCGCCUGAGCCCGCCGAGCUCUCCUUCCUGCUCGCCCGCCCGCCCGGCCUCUGGCUCUGCGCCUCGGCCGCAGUGCAUACUCCGUGCGCGCUCUCCCGGGAACCCACCGAUUCGUCUCCCUUUCACUUUUGUCACUUUGCAGGGUUCGGCCUGACCCAUUAGCUCAGUCCACGCGUCUCUUGCCUCCUCCCUUUUCCCCUUUCUGACCCCCUGCUAACCUUCGUUUGGAGCGUGCUUAGAAACUGGAGUAUUGCGUGGCUUGUGAGGGUGAGGGGAAGUGGCCCUUGGCAUCUCAUUACUGAACAGUUUGCUGUGCCCCGCAGCCCCUUUGUGCCGAGGAGGGAGUGGGCUGAGAACCACCCAAGCCGAGCCCACUGUGGAUGCUGGGUGGGUGUUCCGGUCCACUCCGGAGAAUUCUGUGGCCCCAGCUGGCAACGGCCUGGGUCAUUUUCUCCACCACAGUGGUGGAGGCCUUGCAACAUGAGAUUUUUUCGGAUAGAAUAGAUGAGCAUGGUUUGGAGAGAAAAGCAUUCUUAGGAGCCCCAGAUGGCGGUGUGUAUUUGAGACAGGCGCAGUAGGUAGGGAAGUGGGCGGUGGUAUUGAGAGUUUAGGCGGGAAAGCCCAAUUGGUAAAUACACUUGGAGGUCUUCCAAGGGAUGGGGGGGGGGGGGGCAGUUUUAUCUGGAGGUGCAGAGAGAGGGGAUCUAGAAUUAAAUAGAGAGAUGUAGAUAUAUUUUUCCCUAAGGUUAAAAAAAACUGGUUUGAUUUGUGGAAUCAGCUUCCUAAUAGUAGUUAACUUCUUGGAGAGGAAAAAAAGAGGGGUUUUUUCCUCCAAAGAGACCAAAAAUGGUUUUUAUUGAGAUGAAGCAUCUGUUGCAAUCCUUGACACACCUUCAAUAUGUAAAGUGCCCCUUUUUCAAGGUCCUGUUUGCAGAGUUCAUGUGAAUGGCAGGUUUGAAAAAAUGUCUGCUGUCUGCUCUUGCCACUACUGAAAUGCUUUGCACUUUUUGGGAAAGGCUUUUUCUUUAAAUUGUUUUCAAAAUCCACUUAAUUCUCACAUUUUUGUAGUAAUAAAUGAGGUAGGGUGGGUUUGUUUCUUAAACAGGGUCUCACUAUGCAGUUCCGACCGGCCUUGAACUCACUAUAGCCCAGGCUGGUCUGGGACUCAAAGCAAUCCUCCUGCAUGCUGGGAUUACAGACGUGCUCCACCAUGCCCAGCUCAUUGUAGUAUUUUACAAUUGUUAUAUAUGGUCCCCUCGGAACCACCAAAUAACUUUUGCAAAACGUCUUUGUAAAAGGCAGUCGUCCAUCUCUACAGCCUACUCCUGUCUGCAGAAGAAUUCUGUUGCCUGCCAUUUUAAGGGACAAUAUCGAGAUCUGUCACUUUUCUAGCCCUGAGGCCUUUGUGCUCUUCAUAUGCUGAAAUUUUUCUGUUGUUAUUUUUAUGCUCUCCUUUUGGGGUACUUCACUCCCUCCACACUUCUUGUCACACUUCACACCAGUUCAUGUGGCACCAGUUCCUGCUGUGGUUUAUCUGUGGGUGUAAUAAAUCUGCCCUCCAAAUUCCCGUGUACUUUCUCUUGUAGAAUCCUAGUAUAGGUUUUUACUUUUUUACAAAACUUAGACUCUUUGAAGUUAGAAUCUUCAUCAGUUUCCUGUUUUGUUUUGUUUUUUGACACAAAAUCUUGCGAAGUAGUUCAGGCUGGCCUUGAGCUCACUGUGCAGCCCAGGCUGGUGAUCCGAGUGCUGGGAUUACAGAUCUGGGACCAUGCAACUUCUGGCUCAUCCUCAAAGUCGAAAUGACUGUGAAAGCCUCGCUAAUAGGCACAUCUCCAGCAGGAGCUCGCUGUGCAGAGGCCUCUGACGAAGAGGCACCAUGGAGCAGUACACGGCCAGCAGCAAUAGCUCCACGGAGCAGAUUGUCGUGCAGGCCGGACAGAUCCAGCAGCAGCAGCAGGGUGGUGUCACUGCUGUCCAGUUGCAGACUGAGGCCCAGGUGGCAUCCGCCUCAGGCCAGCAAGUCCAGACCCUCCAGGUAGUCCAGGGCCAACCAUUAAUGGUGCAAGUCAGUGGAGGCCAGUUGAUCACAUCGACCGGCCAGCCCAUCAUGGUCCAGGCCGUCCCUGGGGGACAAGGCCAAACCAUCAUGCAAGUACCUGUGUCUGGGACACAGAGUCUGCAGCAGAUCCAGUUGGUCCCACCUGGGCAGAUUCAGAUCCAGGGUGGGCAAGCUGUGCAGGUGCAGGGCCAGCAGGGCCAGACCCAGCAAAUCAUCAUCCAGCAGCCCCAGACGGCGGUCACGGCAGGUCAGACCCAGACCCAGCAGCAGAUCGCCGUCCAGGGGCAGCAAGUGGCUCAGACUGCCGAAGGGCAGACCAUUGUCUAUCAGCCAGUCAACGCAGAUGGCACCAUUCUGCAGCAAGUCACAGUCCCUGUUUCAGGCAUGAUCACCAUCCCAGCAGCCAGUCUGGCAGGAGCACAGAUUGUACAGACAGGAGCCAACACCAACACGACCAGCAGUGGCCAAGGAACUGUCACCGUGACACUGCCGGUGGCAGGCAACGUGGUCAACUCAGGAGGAAUGGUCAUGAUGGUGCCUGGAGCUGGCUCUGUGCCUGCUAUCCAGAGAAUCCCGCUGCCUGGGGCGGAGAUGCUCGAGGAAGAGCCCCUCUAUGUGAACGCCAAGCAGUACCACCGUAUUCUGAAGAGAAGGCAGGCCCGAGCUAAGCUAGAGGCAGAAGGGAAAAUUCCAAAGGAAAGAAGGAAAUACCUACACGAGUCCCGGCACCGUCAUGCCAUGGCCCGGAAACGUGGUGAAGGUGGGCGCUUCUUCUCUCCCAAGGAAAAAGACAGUCCCCACAUGCAGGAUGCAAACCAAGCUGACGAAGAAGCGAUGACGCAGAUCAUCCGAGUGUCCUAACCCCACUCAGGCGACACAAUGGAGCUGAUCAAGGUCGUGUUCCUUGCCUUUCCCACUGUUCCAGGAAAGUGAUCAACUCUUCCGAUGGGACACUAACGAUCAUAUGCUGCCCUUUCCUACAGGACAGAAACCACUUAGUUUUUAAUAAGUGGCUCGGUAUUACAAUUGCAGCAGUGUCUGGGAAAUUGAAGUUGCCAGCCUUUGUCUCACCCUUUCAGUCAGGACCUGCUUCCAGCUGUUGAAGCCAUUGACAUUUCAUGAAUUACAAUGAUAGAAGGAGACAGUUGCCGGCCCAGCGGUACACAAGCACUUACGUGAGCUAGCGGAGCCAGCCAGCCAUCUCUGCAGAGAAGAGCGCCCUUCUGCACCAGACUGUGACGGGGGAGCCAAAGUCCUCUCCUUCCCCGGACUCUAGAUGCACCCCCUCCCCCAGGGGGAUCUCAGGCUGACUGAUUGAAUGAAUAGACACUUCGAAGUCAGAGAUGGCUUCCCACAAGGAAGCUCCAGAUUGUGACAGAAACAAUAAAUUGUUGGAGUUAACAGUCACCUGCUCCGUGGUAGUAAGAAUCUCUAUCUGCCCAGAUGUUGGGUUGAUGUUUAAGACACAGCACCUAAACAUAUUGUGGAUUU